GGCGCUGUGAUGGCGGAGUUGGACGUAGGUCAGCACUGUCAGGUGGAGCAUUGCCGGCAGCGAGAUUUUCUUCCAUUUGUAUGUGAUGGUUGUUCAGGAGUAUUUUGCCUUGAACACAGAACCAGGGAGUCACACAGCUGUCCUGAGGUGACUGUAAUCAAUGAGAGCCUGAAGUCAGAUAAGCCUACCUCUUACCCAUGCUCAUUCAAGGACUGUGCUGAAAGAGAGCUUGUGCCAGUUAAAUGUCCUUAUUGUGAGAAGAAUUUUUGCCUGAGGCACCGUCAUCAGUCGGAUCAUGAAUGUGAAAAACUGGAAAUUCCUAAGCCUCGUAUGGCUGCCACUCAGAAACUUGUUAAAGACAUUAUUGAUUCUAAGACCAGAGAGACAGCAAGUAAACGACGUAAAGGUGCAAAAAAUAGUGAAACAGCUGCAAAGGUAGCAUUGAUGAAAUUAAAAAUGCAUGCUGAUGGAGAUAAGUCAUUGCCACAGAAAGAAAGAGUUUACUUUCGGGUUUUCUUACCUAAGGGGAGCAAAGAGAAGAGCAAACCAAUGUUCUUUUGCCACCGAUGGAGCAUUGGAAAGGUCAUAGACUUUGCAGCUUCUUUAACCAGUCUUAAAAAUGAUAAUAACAAAUUAACAGCUAAGAAAUUAAGGUUAUGUCACAUUACUUCAGGAGAAGCCUUACCCUUGGAUCAUACUUUGGAAACCUGGAUUGCUAAGGAGGAUUGUCCUUUAUAUAAUGGUGGAAAUAUUAUCUUGGAAUAUCUUAAUGAUGAAGAACAAUUUCUAAAAAAUGUUGAUUCUUAUCUGGAAUAGUCUUGUAAGGAUUCAAGCCAGAAAUGAUGAGGAAAAUUUUAUGUAAAGUCAAUUUCUUUUACUACAAAUACUAUAUAUAUUUAUUUUUUAAAAGUUGCUUUUUAACUUAUUUCCAUUGUCAUAAUUCAUCAGUUUUCUGUUAAAUUUGAAUUUUUGUGUGUUAAACUAUGAAUGGACAUUCAAUUAUUAGCAAAUUCUUACCUUUAGCUUUUAUUAGGUUGUGCUUAGUAACAACAGAAAAGGUGUAUUUCAUUUAGUUAAUGUCAGCUGUUGUGACUCUGCUGCAUAUCAUCUUUACUCUAGGAUCUAAGCUGAAGGAAUGGCUCCUGUUUGGGACAUUGCCACUUUUAGGCAGAGGAAGAAAGAUGGCUUUUAGAAGAUACGUGUAUUACUUUUACUUUAAGCAAGUAUCCUGGCCAAGCCUUGCAUCAUGAAGCCAGGAUAUAUAGCCUUAAAUUAAUGUGUAUACAUGAGUCGUAGAAACUUGGAGACCAUCUCAUUCACUCUUCUAAGUUUUUAGAUGAGGAAUCUCAGGCCUAGGAAGAGGAAAUGAUUUUUCUUGGUGUUCUCUAACUGCAUUGGGGCAUGUCUCUGAUAAAGGUCCUCCUCCAGUAGAACUUACCUUUUUUUGUUUAUGUAAAUGUAUUACAAAUGAGAGUAAGAUGAGGUAGCACAACUUCAUUACAGUAUCUUUGUAUAUAUAUCAAAGCAAAAUAUGUACCGAAAGGAAUUGUAUUUUACCUACACAUUAAAAUGAAUGCUUCUGAUUGAUCUAUUCCAUCAGUACUCAACAAAGUACUACCAUAUAGAAGAAAUAGAAAUAAUUUGUUCUUUUUCCCUUUUUGUUCUUUUGGGGAAGGCUUUGUCCCUUUUCUCUUAUUUGUCAUAGACAUAUAUAGUAGCUUUACAUAUAAUUAAAUAAAGGAAUUAA